UCCUACUUCCGUUGCUAAGGACGCUUCGGCCGAGGCUACCGCCAUGGAUCAGGAAGAGGGGCUGAAGGCCGUGGACAAUAUCGUCACUCAGUUCAACACCUACGAAGAUUUCCUGGACUCGCAGAUCACUACCGUGGACUUGUACUACCUGGAGGAUGAAACCCUGGCCCGCCAGUUGGUGGAGCUAGGCCACCGAGGGACUGGAGAGAGAGUGAAAAGGGAAGAUUUUGAAGCAAGGAAAGCAACUAUAGAGAUUGCAAGGCUGGCUGAAAGAGCUCAGAAAAAGACUCUAACAAGUGCUGGUAAAGACUUACAAGAUAACUUUCUGAUGGCCCUGGCAAUGAGAGAAGAAGACAAUCGCAACGGAAAACUGAGUUCCGUGAUCUUUAUUCGUGACAGAAAUUCUCAUGGGCAAGAGAUAUCAGGAUACAUCGACUAUGCCCACAGGCUGAAGACUGAAGAUUUUGAAGUCUACUUUAGUGGGAAAAAAAGACUUCUUCCAAGGCCCAAAGAUAUGAGCUUUUACAACUGGGACACUAAUAUUGCUGUUUGUAACUCAAGUCCCAACUAUCAAGUGAUUGCUGAUAAUCCAGAAGGCUUACUUUUCAAAUUCAAAAGAGACAGAAAAAUUCUCAAUGUCGACCCAAAGGUGCAGCCAGGUGACAACUCUACUAGAAUCCCUGUUCCAACGGAACUCUACAUACAAGCCGUCAUUUUUGACCACAUUUCGAGAAGGAAGAUUUAAGCACCAACAAGUUAGUUUCCUAAUACUUUGCUAACUUUAAAUAAAUUCCAUAGACAGAGCAAAUUAGAUUAAUAAAUCAGCCCCGUAGCUGGAAGGCAAAUUAGUACAAUAAAGUUAAUAAAGAAAUUAGAAAGAAAACUGUAA